UAAACAUGCAAAAAGAAUCAUUUAAAAAGCAAUACUCUAAGGAACAAAGACUCAAGGAGAGCGAGAAUAUUCUCAAACAUUAUCAAGAUAGAGUCCCUAUCAUCAUCGAAAAGGAUAAAAAUUCUCGGUUACCUGAUUUAGAUGUUUAGAAGUCAUAAUUUUCACUAAUUUAGAUAUCUCUUCCUUUCAAAUUUUAGAGUAUUUCAAUUAAAUACUUUAAUUCGUAGCAAAUUAAACUUAAACAAAGCUGAAGCAGUUUAUUUAUUUGUGAAUAGUAAAGUUGCUUUAAGAGGAGGUACAAUUAAAUGUUAUUAGAUAUGAGUAUAAAAGAAGUUUAUGAUAAGUACUAAGAUGAUGACAAAUUCCUUUACAUUUAAUAUUGCGAAUACAAUACAUUUGGGGUGUGAAUUGAGAUUUUACAUUUGUG